AGGCGGCUAAACCUGCCCUCUUCCCGGUCGGUCGCGAGCCAUGGAGGUGCCGGGCGCCGGGCAGCAGGAGCCGGGCGCGGCCGCCGCCGCCGCCCCCAGCGAAGAGAUCGACCUGUCCCUGGAUGACAUCAUCAAGCGUAACCAGGCCCAGCCGAACCGGAAACCCUGGCAGCACCAGCUGAAGACCCAGAACCAGACCUCUGGCAACAGGAGCCCUCGAUUCCAGAGCUGGGGGCCACCAAGCCUGCCAGGAUCUAGCAGAUUUCCCCAAGGAUUUAGGAAGCCACCCUGGGCCAGGAAGCCUCUCUGGAGCAGGAUGAGCACCCCAGGCCCAAGAGCAGCAGGGCAGAUGAAGGGCAGGAGCCCUCUCAACCGGCCAGACUUGGCCCAGCAGGACAAGCCAGGGAAAGGCCCCCCGGGCAGGAAUGGCAACAGAGCCCCCGCAGACUCUCAGCCCGAAGCCCCCCCAAGAGCCAAAGCCUUCAAGACAGCACGGACGCCUCUGCCAUUUCGGAGACCGUUCCGGGCAUUCAAUCAAGGACGAGUUUUCCUCCAGAGCCAGGUCAAAUUCAACUUCAACCAACGGCAGCAGAUCAGGCCCAGGAUGGAGCAGAACCUCUCAAGAGUGAGAAGGGGGAGGAUGCAGCCCAGUUCUGGAGCAGUCUUGACCGUCUCGGUGUCCAACCCCCAGGCAGGACACCCCCAGGGGCCAGGACCGAAGCGCCCCUUCCUGAGAAGGCGGACUAGCCAGACCCCGCAGCUCCGCUGGCAGCCGAGAGGAGUGAUGCUACGAUUCAACUUCCGGGCUAUGGCUAACCAGACCAGCGUGACCCUGAAUGAGCGAUUCUCUGGGCUGAGGCACCAACGCCAUUUUUCAGCAGAACGCAACGCCAGCCGGAUGGUCACUCUGCCGUGAGGCCAGAGCUGGAAAGAGGUCAGCCCUCCAAGGCCACCAAUUGUCUGGGCCUGCCUGGGGAGGUCCCUCACCAACGGCACCUCCGGAGGCGUCUUCUCAACGGAGAUGGUGACCUCCAAAGGCCCUUCUGUCACCUGCGCAGGGUCUCCAGCGGCCAAGCCUAAAAGCACCUGCCGAGGAAGAUCUCCAUCUCUUGGUCCUCCCCCAGGAGAAGGCUUGGUCCUCAGCACCUGGUACCUGCGUCUCUGCCCCUUCCUGGCCUCAUGUGGAUGGGGAGUCCAUGGUUUACCACCCAGGGUCACCCUUCCGAGUCAACUGAACCCAGAAUUCCAACGGUUGCUUGUUUCUUUCUGUGUUUGGCCUGGAAAGGACCUGUUUUGAGGCACCCACAUCCACAGGACUGGGAUGAUGACAUCACCUCUAUAAUGCCAGUCCUUGUGCAGAUGACGUAAAUUGUGCCAUUUAUAUACAUCACAUUGGAAGUCAGGAUGUCUGACCUCAGCACCGUCUCUACUGGAGGCAUAUAUUUGGAGGACUGUGUCAUAUUUUAGCAAACUUUAUUUUUAGAAGGAAUAAAGCUAUUUU